AUGCAAACACGGUCAUCUCAAGGUUCAGUCCUUGGAAAGCGUGCUCAUCAUGUCGAUCAAAAAGCUGUCUCAUCAGCAUCGUCAAGCGACGUUGUAACAGUAUCGCAGCACAUGCUUACCCCAGAACAGAGCCCCAAAUCGAAACGUGCCCGUAUCUCGCUCUCCGGCAUUGCUGGAGAUUCAAACAAGGAAAACGUACCUCCGUUCCGUACUGACCCGUGGAAUGACGCAACAGUUGACACACCACGUGCCAUCCACACAUUAGUGAUAUCUACUCCCCCACCAACACCCCCAGUCUUACUACUUCCUAUAUACACCCGUGCUCGAGGACUACUUCGUUCGACCAGCACGAGUGUAUCUUCUAUAGCUGGCCGAGAGGAUGAACGACAGCGCAUUCUAGAAUUCAUCACCUCAUCCUGGGGUGAUAGUGCACACACGUCUUUGUACAUCUCCGGUACACCUGGAACCGGAAAGACUGCGCUUGUCAACUCGGUCCUGCGUUCGUUCGAAAAGUCCGAAGGGACGUCCGAUCUGAGAGUUAUCUCUAUUAAUUGCAUGGCCUUGAACGGGCUGGAUGCCCUCUGGGAUCGUCUUUAUGAAGAAUUAUAUCCCACAAGGGAUUCCAAGAAUGCUGCAAAACCUUGCAAAGCCAAGGGCAAGCAGGCGAUCGACAAAGUGCUCUCUAGUUUAAAUUAUAAGUGCAUUAUUGUACUUGAUGAACUCGACCACAUUGCAUCCUCAAAUCAUACACUUUCGUCAAUUUUCUCCAUGUCCCAGCAACAUCCGUCCACCCUCCGCAUCAUCGGAAUUGCAAACACACACACCCUCACGUUGUCCUUGGCACAGUUGUCUGCUAGUGAAGCUUCCAGCGCCCUGACCCUUCACUUCGGCGCGUACUCCUCCCAGGAACUACUCCAAGUGCUGCAAGCACGUCUCUCACCUCUCUAUGAUAAUCUGGAAUACCCAGAAGUAACAGAUCAAGCCAAAAAGUUUCUUCCUGCUUCAACAUUAACUCUCCUCACGAAAAAAAUUGCCUCGCAAACUGGUGACGUUCGAACCUUGUUUGAGGUACUUCGGGGGGCAAUAGACCUGGCUGUCGCUGGUUCAAAGGUCCCAGAUGCAGAUACAAAUCCUCUCACCAUUCUACCUCUCAUCGUUAAACCGGAUCACAUUCUUGCAGCCCUCAAGGUGUAUCUACCUUCCACUGGCGGUGGUCGCUCCUCUUCUUCCUUGGCACCAUCCCCUACUAGCAAUGAGACCGUGUCCAAGAUCCGUAAUCUUGGCCUGCAAGUCAGGCUGGCUCUCCUAUGCAUACUUCUUGCAUCAAAGCGGAUGGAGGCCAGUUUGUCUCUCUCUGCAUCCACUACCUCGACGCCUACCAAGUCUCCUGUGAAGCGCGCAGGUUCCGUCGUUUCCCAAAGGAUCACUGGGCUUGAUGUUGCACAGCUCCAUGCAUACUACUCAACUGUGCUCACACGUGCAGAUAGCGACAUCUUCACUCCAGUUUCCAGAAGCGAGUUUUCAGACCUGAUAGGGAUGCUAGAGACCAUAGGACUCGUGGCGUCGAGGUCUACCCGCAUGGCAACUGCCUCUCCAUCGAGGACUGGCCGUCGUAUGCUCGGUCGAGCUGUAUCGUUUGGCGGAGUAGCGAAGGGAGCUGCAGCAGGCCAAGACAUCAAGCUCGCAGAGACCGUUCGCGUGGAUGAGGUCCUGCGUGGCCUGGGUCUGACUGAUGGCUCUGCUGCCAGCGAUGUGCGUGAAGAGGAAGUCAGGGCUAUAUGGGCCAGGGAAUGUGGCCGCAUCGCACGAGAAUCGAAAGCGAACUCAGUGUCAGGUAUGGGCGGUGACAAACCUUUCGAUGAAGCAUUUGAAGAUUAG